CAAGUGUCAAACUUGUGACUUAUCUAGGUUGACCGAAAUAAAAUGCAAAAAAUUAAAUUUGUUAUUGUUCAAAUUAGUUUUAAAUCAAGUUAUAAAUUAAAUUAAUAAUUAUGAGUUUACUAUUGAAUAACUAAAUGUUCUGAUUCAUUACAAGACAUGUUAGGUGACAUACAAUUAACAAAACGUUUAAUAGUUAUCGCUUUAAUUCUUGGCAUUAUUUUGGUUUUGAAAGAGUACGUGUUUGUUUUGCCGCAAUGACUCAACACAGGGUUGCAUAUUUUUACAACCCGGACGUGGGUAACUUUCACUAUGGUCCUGGGCACCCAAUGAAACCGCACAGGUUGUCUGUUACCCAUAGCUUGGUGCUAAACUAUGGACUUCACAAGAAGAUGCAGAUAUACAGGCCUUACAGAGCAAGCGCGCAUGAUAUGUGCAGAUUUCACAGUGAAGAUUAUAUAGAGUUCCUUCAAAAUGUCACUCCUCAGAAUAUACAGACCUAUUCAAAAGAUCUACUCCACUACAAUGUAGGGGAUGAUUGCCCUGUUUUCGAAGGCCUAUUUGACUUUUGUUCAAUGUACACAGGGGCUUCCUUAGAGGGUGCUAUGAAAUUGAAUAAUAAUGCAUGUGACAUUGCCAUCAAUUGGUCUGGAGGGUUACAUCAUGCUAAGAAGUUUGAACCAUCAGGGUUUUGUUACGUAAAUGACAUAGUGAUUGCAAUAUUGGAACUUUUAAAAUACCAUCCGAGAGUGUUAUACAUAGAUAUCGAUGUGCAUCACGGGGAUGGUGUUCAGGAAGCGUUCUAUUUGACGGAUAGAGUAAUGACUGUGAGCUUCCACAAGUAUGGAAAUUACUUUUUCCCUGGCACUGGAGAUAUGUAUGAGAUUGGUGCUGAAAGUGGGAGGUACUUUUCUGUUAAUGUACCACUGAAAGAGGGGAUCGAUGAUCAGAGUUACGUGCAGGUAUUCAAACCGGUGAUAUCAAAUGUCAUGGAGUUCUACAGACCGACAGCUAUUGUCCUGCAGUGUGGUGCUGACUCCUUGGCGGGUGAUAGGCUGGGAUGCUUUUCACUAUCGACGCGUGGUCACGGAGAAUGCGUGAAGUUUGUGAAGAAUCUUAAUGUACCUACACUUGUGGUUGGAGGAGGAGGAUACACGCUGCGGAAUGUCGCUCGAUGCUGGACAUUUGAGACAUCGCUUUUGGUGGAUGAGAACAUUUCAAAUGAGCUGCCUUAUACAGAAUAUCUUGAAUUUUUCGCUCCCGACUUCCAGUUACAUCCAGAAAUUAGCAGUACAUCAAACGCUAACAGCAAACAGUACUUAGAGGCUAUAACGAAACAUGUAUACGACAAUCUGAAGAUGUGUCAACAUUCGCCUGCUGUUCAAAUGACACAUAUACCAGGUGACUUUUUACCUGAAGAAUACAGAAUAAAGGAGGAACAAGAUCCUGAUAUCCGCAUAAGCCAAGAAGAAGCAGACAAAAUGGUAGACGCUAAGAACGAAUUCUAUGAUGAUGAAAAAGAUAAUGAUAAGGAAACAGUGAUAGAGGCCAAGGAGCCAUAGCAUACGGAGGAUGCGGCUCAGAAGACAGCCACUUGACAUGAACUUGCUUAUAAAAAAUAUAAGAAAAAGUUUGUAUUUUGAACACAGUGAAUCUUUGCAUUGAUGUGAAAAUGACAGUGACUGAAACAAUGCUUUUAGAUGCAAAAGUGGCUCCAGACUAUAUGGUAUAACAUGUUAUAAAACAUUGUUUACAUGCUUUUGUAUGUAGUUGUGGGUACUUAAGUUAUGUCACAUUGUUAUUGUGUCCUCAUGUGAACUGAACUGAACAAGGUUAGUCGUAGACAAGUUAUAUAACAUUGUUAUGUAACAUGUCUGUCCCGGUAUUGAAGAAAAUAUAGAUAGAUAUUACUUUAAAAAUUAUUAAUAGCUCAAGCAAGCAUCGAAAUCAAACAUGGCAUCAAACUCCAUCUGUUGCACUAUUGUUGCGAAUGAAUUUAACAAUCUAUAGUUUUGCUCAGUGUGCCUCCUUGAAAGAGGUUUUUACGUCCUAUUACUUAUUCAAUAGCAUUUUAGAUUGGAUCACCACUUGAGUGAGAUACCAUCAAAUGGGGUUGUGUUCAAGUUAAAAACUGAAAUUGUCAAAGAAAAUAAUGAUUUCAAUAAAUAAAAAAACAAAAACUCUAUAUAGAUCUCAGAAGUCAUACUUAUGAAUUAAGAUAAUUUUAUUGAUCAUGUAUCUAUCCAGCCGUCAUUCUAAGUGAGUUUGAUUAAUUAUGGUUAGACCUCCACUAAAGACCUCUCACAGGUUCGAAACUACGUCGGAUAUACGCCGACGCAAGGCACCACUCACGAUCUUAAAAAUCCCAAAAAGGCAAAAUAUUGAUUGUGAAUUUUGACUUUCCUGACUGCUUUUCUCUUUUCCUUUUCGAGGAAGAUUUGAAUAUGAAAAUAAUGUACAAAUAGAAUUACUUAUUAUUAUUAGUUUAAAAUAUAUAAAACUGAGUAAGUAUACUUAUAAUUAAAAAAUUCAAAUCAGUUUUGACUAAAUAUUUUAAACACGUAAAAAUCAUUAUUUAUUAUGCCUAUGGUUUCAUCCCAUAUAGGUACAUCUAUACAUAUUUAAGGAUGAAAUCUAAAGUUCCUAACAAUGCUUGUUUAAAGUUUAAAUUAUGUAAUAAAUCUGUUCUCAAUUUAUCUUUUGAAAUUUGAAACAUAGGUGAAAUUUUACUAUAGACACUUAUUAUAACUGCGAAAGUACACCGAGUGCGUUAAAAUGCAUGCAUGGGUCUGCCCGUGUCAUGCACCUUAACGGCAAGUUGUUCUAUGUUGUGCAUAGUCUUCUCAGAAAACUAAAUUUCAAUGAAGUAGUCACAAUAUUGUGUUGAAGAACACUUGUUUUGUAAAUAGAUAUGGUCAUGAAAUACUGAUUUUAUUUUUGUAAUUUUAUAAUUUAAGCCUGUGAAUAGUAGGUAAUAAUUUUAUUAUUUGUAUUACUAUAAGAGUCAUCAUGUCAAUCAAUGUCUAAAUCUAAAUAAUAUAAUAUGACGAGCAACUGUUUAGUCUAUGGACAUAUUCCUACGUCAGCCAUUCGCCAGUUUUUGAUCUUCACUUCACUUCACUUUAUAUCGAACUGCACUACUUUGGAUUCCGAUUACCCUUGCAAUGAAGAUCUGGUUAGACACCUGGAUGAAGAAAUAAAAACGAAAACGAAAAACUGGCGAAUGGCUGACGUAGGAAUAUGUCCUUUGUCCAUAGACAAAACAGUUAUUCCUCAUAUCAUAUCAUUAAUUGACAUGACCUAAGAAAAAGAAUCUAAAGCCUUCUGCCUUUCGCGGCGAGCUAUGCAUUCAGAGACAUCUAUGAUAAUUUUAUGGAACAUUCGCUGGAAAGUUCCUCAUUUAUUUAUAAGGAAGUCGCCGUGUCCAUGCGCACUGAGUCGCCGCAAGUCUGCGCGUAUCAUAGGUGCGUAUAGAACUAUGACAGAUUCUAACGGUCGCCGUCGACAGAGUUGCCGGGCAACCAGUCGACCGUGUGUAAUGGGUCUAAGUAGGUAAUAGAUAUCUAGAUGAAGUUAUUUUUUAUCUUGAAUACAUUAUGCAAGAUAAAAGAAACAAGUGAUCGUUUGGCAAGCAUAAAGGCACAAACCAUUGUCCAGCCUAGUUUCGGCGUUAGUUUAUUAGACUGUAAGCAAUGUUAUGAACCUAUUGAUCCCCAUUUGAAAAUCUACUUGGCAAAAUCAUGAAAUAAUAUUAUUACUUAAUAGUUAUUAUUUAAUAAAAAAUAAUAAUUAUAAUU